UUGGAGUGUCCCCCCCUGGUCGCAUGCAUGAGAUAUUAUCUUUAACAAGCUUUCUCAUCAUCGAGCUACUAUAUUUACUUAAGAGUGAGGUUAUUAACGUGUUGUGUUUGACAAUAUAAUUCGUAGAAAUUUAGUUAAUAUUAUAUUACAGAAGUGUUACGUGAUACGGACUUAUAAAAAAAAUAAAACAAACCAGUUUUAUUUGCUUGGCACAAAUAAAACAGUUUACAGUAAUCAAUUCAAUAAGUAAAGUGACUAUAUAAUGGCUGUGAAGAAGCCGAAUAAACGCGCACGUGUAGUCCCAAAACACAAACGUCCUCGCGAAAUUAGAAAAUUUAAAAUACAACAGAAAGAUGAACCUGUCACACAGACGAAGAAUCGAAAGACUUUGGUUGUCGCUCAGGAAAUUAAGUUUGCUAAAUUACUUGCUGGUAAUGAUAAGAAGGUGAGGGAUAAAGUCCUAAAAAACCUCAAAAAGUGGUUGGUGGUUCGCUCCAAAAGUUCAUUUGCAUUUACGGAAGAAGAUUUCAUGAGACUAUGGAAAGGUUUGUUUUACUGUAUGUGGAUGUCUGAUAAGCCUUUGAUUCAAGAAGAACUGGCUGAAUCACUUAGCAAAAUUGUACACUGUUUUGAUUACAUGGAAACUGCACUAUUGUAUACUAAAUGUGCAUUGAAAACUUUGUCUAUCGAAUGGUUUGGAAUUGAUCAGUAUAGGGUUGAUAAAUUUGAAAUGUUGGUGAGAAGGAUUAUCAGGCAAACGUUUGAAAUGUGUAAAAAAAGGACUUGGAGUAGAGAUUGGGUUAAGGGUGUUGAACAAAUACUAGAAAGCUUAUUGAUAGAUGCAAAAACUCCAUUAGGUUUUACUUUACAUCUGACAGAAUUGUACAUGGAAGAAUUAUCUAAGGUCAGCUGUGGUCAUAUAUUACCUGAAGUUGUUACGGAAUUAGUACGACCCUUUGCAGUGCAAUUAGCAGUAAUAAAUGAUGAAAGACAAAUUAGUCAUGUUGUAAGGCAUAUUUUUCAAUAUUUACUAUUUCAAUCAGAUGUUGGUAUGGAAUAUUUAGCAAAAUUUCAAGCUUGGAAAGAGGCUGGCUUUCCUGGUGGGGAUAUUGAUUCUAUGCAAAAACUUGAAAUAUCUGCCGAGGAAGUAAAUGAAGAUACUAACAGUGACGUUGAAAAUGAUAAAAAUGAUGAAGAUCAAGCCGAAGUUAUUAAACCAUUAGAUCCUAGAGCUGGACGGGUAGAUGUAGAAUUACCACAAAUACCUUUUGAUGCUCGUGCGAUUGCAAACACAAUCGUGCAGUAUAGAUUUCAUCCCUCAUCAACGACGAAAACCCGUAAACAAAUACUUCGACUCACAAGACAAUUUAAUGAACUCGCUGAUGGAAAAAUGCCAUUAGGCCUUAAAAAAGUCAAACUACCACAAUCACCAAAAGCUGAAAUAGAUCCAAAUUUAGCUGCUACACGUUUAAUACAAUUUGAGAGAGAUCUAUAUUCGGAUACUAUUAAGGGAAAACGUAAGAAGAAACGUAAUGUUGAAUUUUCGGAAAAGAAUAUGGAGGAAAAUAAUACAGAUUCCCAUGAUGAUAAUAUAGAAUUAAGUAGUGAAACCGAAAGUGAUGAUAAUUUUGAUAUCAUUACUGAGGAUAUACCUAAAAAAAAGCAGAAAGUUGAAAGUACUAAGCAAAAGAGUAGAAAGUCUAUUGGCCAGAAUGGCGAGGAGUUUGAUGUCCUCAAAACUGAAGAUGUAAAACAGAAAAAUCAUAAACGGUUAAGUAAAAAGGAAAGACAAAUGAAUAAGCAAGGCAUUUAUACGAAGAAAAAUAAUGUUUUACAUGUUGAACAACGGUAUAUUGAUAAAGAAUCGAAAGCAAAAAAGAAUAACUGUGAUAUUAUGCAAACAGAUGGAGGAUUUUCCAUUGAAAUUGAAGAUGGUAUGGAUGACUUUGGCAACUUUGUAAAUUCAUUGACACCAGUUAAAGCAAAAAAGACGAAGAAAGAGAACUCUCCAAGCAACUGGAUCAUCGUUGAAACUGAUGAUCCACCGACGCCAACAGCACAGUUAAGAUCCAAUAUCACCGAAGUUAACAAAAAUUAUAUGAGCGCUACUGAAUCCUCAACCAUAUUACCCUCUACCAGUAAUACUGAAGUAAAAGAACUAUUAGAGCCGUCUCCGAAGUUGCACAAACUGAGUCCCCAGAAAGUAAUUGAAUUGAAUUGGAAACCUGAAAAUGGAGUAUCAAGUCCCAAAAAACGAGUGAAAAUAGUGCUUCAGCGAAAUACAGCCCAACAUACUUCUGAAUAUAUGAAACAACUGCAACAAAGUCCAGCCAUUCCUUACGAUGCGAAUCGCAAACCUCCAGCCGGUGUACUAAAGCCGAGUCCUUUGCCCAGUCCUGUUAAUCCAUUUUACAAAAGAAAGAAUUGUUAAGGUAAUAAUUACGUUUAAACACAUAAAAAUGGAAUUAAUUAUAAAUUGAUUGAAUAAAAAGCUUGAGAUCUUGUUUAAACGUA